UCGCCGACUAUUUUUAAACAGCGAAAAGAAACAUGGCGUCGGCCGUGCUAUUCGUUCUCGUGUUGAACGUGAAAAUUUCGCUUUUCCGCUAAGAACGACCAUAAUGUGAGGUGAAAAUCGGCGGAAAAAGACUGUUUCGAGGUAUAGAACAGUGUUUUGUACAGUUUAUUUAUUUCGUUUAGUUUUUUAGUGAGUUUUUACCUCUUUUCGCACCUUUUGGGUGGACUUGCCUCCCUCGCCUACUUAGGAAAUAAGCGAAUUUCAGAAAAAUUAAAAUGGGUGUGGAAGACAGUGCAGUUAACAGCAUCAUGAGCGGAAUAGAAAAUACGGGAGGAGUUAAACAACAUAACCACAAGAAAAAACUAAGACAAAGGUUUGACAUAAUAAAGAAACUAGGACAAGGAACUUUUGGCAAAGUGCAGCUAGGAAUCAACAAAGAGACUGGACAAGAGGUCGCAAUUAAGACUAUAAAGAAAUCAAAAAUUGAGUCUGACGCAGAUCUUAUUAGAAUUAGGCGAGAAAUCCAAAUUAUGUCUUCAGUACAACAUCCUAACAUUAUACACAUAUAUGAAGUUUUUGAAAAUAGAGAAAAAAUGGUAUUGGUAAUGGAAUAUGCGGCUGGUGGAGAACUAUACGACUACUUAUCGGAAAGUAAAGUGUUAGCUGAAGAGGAAGCUAGAAGAAUAUUCAGACAAAUAGCUACGGCGUCUUACUAUUGCCACAAACACAAAAUCUGCCAUAGGGACUUGAAGUUGGAGAAUAUUCUUUUAGACGAAAAUAAAAAUGCUAAGAUUGCUGACUUCGGAUUGUCGAACGUCUUCGACGAUCAAAGAUUGCUCAAUACAUUCUGCGGUUCUCCUCUGUAUGCCUCACCGGAAAUCGUAAAAGGAACGCCAUACCAUGGCCCAGAAGUUGACUGCUGGUCUCUGGGAGUCCUACUUUACACCCUAGUAUACGGAGCUAUGCCCUUUGAUGGUAGUAACUUUAAAAGACUGGUCAAGCAGAUAUCCCAAGGGGAUUACUAUGAACCAUCCAAGCCUAGCCCUGCAUCUCCACUAAUUCGUGAUAUGUUGACUGUCAACCCCGAAAAAAGAGCCGAUAUUGAAAAAAUAUGCUCUCAUUGGUGGGUAAACGAGACUUAUGACGUCAACUGCUUGGACGUCAGUGCAGCCUUAGCCAAUCAAACUCCGGUUAGAUUAGAUUUAUUACUGUCACUAGCGCCUCCUGCGCCUCAGCUAGAAAGCGAGAAACUAGUAGUGACAGGUGAGGUGGCAGAGGAAGCUGUCAAAGGCGAGGGUGCCAUACCAACAAGAUCUCAAAGUGCCGGUAGUCUUAUGAACUUGUCCACAACAGAAAGGAGAAUAUUGGAACUAAUCAAUGAAGAGUUUCCACUAAGUAAACCAAAAAGGAAACUGGAAUCUACCCUGAGCACCGACAGAAUGAACUUGGACAAACGCAAGGAUAAGAUUAUUAAAGAAAAUACUGUGGCGGAUAUAUCGGUUCAUGGAAUAAUUCAUGAGAACGAGCCUCAAGAAGAUGAUGCCAGCAUGUCAGAAGCCUUGCCUCUUAAUAAAUCUCUCACACAAACGAUUUCUAAAGAGAUGGAUGUUGAGCCACUUGUGGAAGGAGCUGCUUGUCAAGAAAUCAUGGAAGAAAUCAAAGAGAAAGAGAACAAGAAACAACCUGCUUCCAAGGUUAAAAAGACACAAUCAACCAUCGCGGGAAGUAAAACACUGGAAGGUAUUAACGAGAUACCGAGCCAGGAAAACAUCGCGAACAACAUAGAUAAAGAGAACAAACUUCAAAAACCUACCACGCCCAAGGAACAACAAGAACUUACCAAGAAAACCGAAGAAAAACCUACAGCAAAGAAAAAGAUUGUCAAGAAGAAAGUUUUGACGGACAAAAACGAAAACGAGACCAAAGCAAAAGUGGAGGAAACUGAGAAAGAAACUACAAAACCUGAAAAGAAAGAAGAGGAAGUUAAAGAAAACGGAACAGCCACGCCCAAAGAAGAAAAACCAGCUUUGAAGCAACAGAAGUCUGAAGAAAAACCAGUGGAAAGGAGAAAAUCUAGAAUUUUCGAAGCUGCGGAGAAAUUCCAGAAUUUGAUCAGUCCGACGGAAAGCAAACCAGUACCAAUAGAAAAGCCAAAGAAAAUAUUAAUACCAGACAGCAUGGUUACACAACAAGGUGUUUCAGUGGAUGGUUUCAAGAAGGAAUUCGAACGUAAGGCCAGCCUUACUUCUAUAGUUCCGCCUAAAGUUAAGACUUCUGCAGCUCCCAAGAAGACGCUGAUUGACAAACAGAAGUCUGAAGAAGAACAAGCGGUAGAAAAAGAAGCCACUAAAGGGCAGGAGGCAAAGAAAGCCGAAGUGAAGAGCAAAAUUGGUGGAAAACCUGAAACGCCAGAACCUACCAAGGCGGAGCCCGAAGCCAGCAAGCAAGACGCGAAGACUGAACACGACGACAGAAAAGAGAAGGUGAAAAAUGCAGUUAGUAUCAUAUCGAGCGCGUUAGAUAAGGAGGGUACUAGAAAGAGUAAAUCUAGACCGUGUAUGAUGCGGAAACCCCCAGUACCAUUUGGAGCCAGUGGUAGAUCGGCGUCUGGAAAUAUCGGAACUGUAGCUCCUCUAAGUCCACCCAUUCAAAACGUCAGUCCGAAGCCAUUUAUCAGACCGUGUUAUGAAAAUAAAUUAGUUACCACUGAAGCUAAACAGGUGAAAGAAGAACCUACUCCACCCAGUAUAGACGAGCCACAAGUCAGCAAUGCAGAGAUUACACUAAAAAGCGCUACCUUACCUAGAAGAAAAACAACAAAAGCUCAAAUUCAACUAAACUAUCCAUCUCCCAAACCCGCUCAAAUGGAAUUCCGUACUGAAUCUUCUCAUAACGUCGAAGCCCCACCUCAAGUAAGAAGUGAAGUUGUCGUUCCUGUAGGAUCUCCCACGCCUACUAUCGAUUUUAGAGCGAACGAAAAUCAAGAUAUCAGAUCUUCCAAGGAACGAAUUAUACCAAUCGCGUUUGAAAAGAAGGAAGAAAAUAAGGAAUCGGUACAGUCUCCUCCUGCAAAACCUCCGAUAUCCAGACCUUUCCAGGCUCAAAGAUCAAAUAUUUCUCAAAGGUCAAAUAGUCUGUCAAGACAAUCCACUCAAGAAUCUGAUUCGGAAACGACGACCUCUACAGGCGAUCCCAUCAAGAAAUCUCCAAGGGAAUAUAUUAUACCCAUUGCAGUAGAAGGAGGAGGUUAUGUAACACCCAGAGCUAGCAGCUUAGAGCCGAACGAAUCUACCAGUAACGCUAGCACGCUGACAAAUAGAAGUAAAAGAUGGGGACCUAGAAGACUAAGUUCAUUAUUAAAUGACAGAGACUCUGAAGACGAAUCUCCUUUUGCCACCCUACACAGGCAUAGUUCGUUUGGCAAAGACAGCGAUACCGAGGAUUCUAGGAAGGAUAAUUUCCAUCAUAUGCAUAGAUUAAGGACAACGAGACCUAAGAGGGCCACUCUAGAGCACAACGAUUCAUUAAGCUCGGGUGAAGAGGAUGAUGACGAGGGAUUCGAAACGCUGACUGCGGAAAAUCUGUUCUCUACGCUACUGUCUAGAGUUCGGGAUUUAACUCAAAGACUUAACGUUGACGAUAACGUUAGGCCAGGAUUUCCCAGUUCCAGGCUUUUGGGUCAUUUCGAUCACGGAACUAACUUCUGGAACAGGAUGGAACAUCCCUUAGCUGGUAGACAUUCGUCGCUGGGCAGGAGCUUCGGCCGUCCAUUGAACUCCAACUCCUCCCAAACCAACAACGCUUUCGGUGUUCCCUGGCGUAGGAGCGUCAGCAGAGACCUAGCCUCGGACAUAGAGAGCGUUUUCAACGACCCCAAUGCCACCCCAAGUGCUACCGCCACCGCCAGAAUACCCCCAGGAGAUGACCGUACGUAUCGCGCGCAAGAAGACCUUAAUCUAACAGACCUAGACCUGAAAAAGCUCAAUCUCAGCGAAGAGGACCGCAUGGCCCUGUCCUACCUCACUCCAGGAUUAUCCAGACGCAUCCAGAAACAGCUUUUAGCCCAACUAACACCCGACGAAGUGAAAAAACUUCGCAGAACGCUCAGCUCCAAAACCAGCGACGAAUUGGACAAACCACAAGUUGACAGGAGACGUUCUAUUGACAGAAUAUGCUCCACGCUUCCUAGAAAGAGCUCGGUAGACAAGGAGGAGAAGAAUUUGGUUAGGAACGCUCCGAAAUCAUUUUUACCUGUUAUAAAAUACCCGAACAACAAGGAAGAAUACCGUCCUUAUGAGUUCAGCGUUCGAUCUUCAAGCAGCGGAGCUGAACCCAGAGGAAACUUCAAGUUUACGUUCUCCAGACCUAAAGUAGCGCGUUCAGUCAGUACCAGAGAACCCAGGAUGUCCAGGAUUGACUUACAUAGUCCAGAAAGUAGCAUUUCAGAAAGCCUGUCCAAAAACGACGACACUUCCAGUUCAUAUAAAAAGGACACCGACAGUUUCAGCUCAAAAUACUCAGAUUCUAGUUCAUCCAGACCUUAUUCUAGAUACUCUAACGAUAGUUCUUACACUAGGUAUACUCCAGGUUUGACAUCACCUCAUGUUUUAUCUCCAACAUCCUCAGAACCGCCUAAGAUUGACAAGAAACUUUCGAACGCGUCACCUAGAAGAAUUUCCAGGUUUUUGAGACCGGAUUUCUUCGAAUCCAAGGAAGACAAUGUUUAUUUGAAAGAAAAGAAGGAGAGGGAACGUGAAACUCAGCAGGUUUUGAAGGAAAUCCGGGACAAAAGAAAGAGUAGAUUGAGAUCUAGGUCCAGGGGGAGGUCUGAUACUGAUGAUACCAGAAGUAAGACUCCCUCAAGGGAUUUAGAAAGCCCGGCAGUAGAGGAGGUUAUCCUGAAAUCUACUUCAAACGAACAGGCUUUGAAUGAUUACAAGGAAAAGAUACAGUCACCUUCGCCGACUAAAAACAUACACGAUUACGUAAAUGUACCUGCUCCGAAUACCUGUAUUUCCCCGAAAAAUCUCGAAAAAGAGCUUGAAAACAAGACUGAAGAGUCAGUAAAACCUUUACACGAUUAUGUGAACGUUAGUGUAAAAGACAACACUGUAACUCCAGUCAAAAAAGAAAGCAGAAUUUCUAAAAUAGCCAGACCAAAAAGUUACCCGAACGAAAAUAUAGAAAGGACAAAGGUUAAACCUGAAAACGUAGCUGAAAAACCUGAAAAGCCUGAAUCUAAGAUCAGUAAAUUGAAGAAAGGGUUCGGUAAAAAAGACAAACAGAGUAAAGAAGAUAAAAACGAAACAAACAAAAACAUAAACGAAGAAGAUAAAGCGCACAAAAAUAAACUUCUUCAGAGUAUUGAAAAGAAGUUAGAGAAAUUCAGAUCCAAUAAUAUAACAGCUGUUAAAGAUCCGGAUGAAGCUAAAGCUCUUCUGGAUAAGAAAUCUAUGGUAGAGAGUGCUAUAAAGCGUUUAAGAGAACAAAGCUUGCCCAGGAACCUCGAACCUUGUACCGAAAGUGGUCUUAUCAAACGUGCAGUGUCUGUAGAAGAUCUUGCUGUAGGUACGAAAUCUUUACAAGCCAGUAAAAAGAGCGUUACUAAGAUUUUAGGGCUGUUUAAAAAGUACGAAGAGCAAGACAAGAAAAAGGAAAAACCAACUAAAAAAAGUAAGAGCAAGGAAGAGAAAAAAUCUAAAGAAAAACGCGAAAGUGUUGAAAAACAAUCGGUCGAGGUAGAAAAGCCGGAAAAAAAGGAACGUCCUAAGAGUUUGUUCCUGGAUAAAAUGAAGCACUUCCAGCAGAGUUACAACGGUGCUAGGAGCGACAGUGUUCUGGAUCAGGUGGAGACUAACAACGUCAAAACUAAAUCGAAACUACCGGUGAAUUCGUUCAGGCGUAGUUUAAACCUGGAUAACUUGCCUGAACCGCCCAAGUUUAACAAGAACCCGAGUAACGAGAGUCUGGAAGUUCAGAGUAAGCCAGAUAGGAGGAAUUUGAGGCUGGAUUUUUCCAGGAUACCUUCAAGGAACGCUGCACCGGUCAUCGUCGAGCCUGCCAAAGACAAGAUCGAGGAACCGUCCCACGAUAACCGCCUGUCUUCCACAACAGACGACAGCUCAACUAUACUCUCCCCCACCGAGGACUACCUCUCCUGCGACUCGUGGUCAGCUUGCUCGGACUUCCACCACCUCAGCGACCUUCACUCGCCUCAAUCCCACAACGGUCACUCACUAUUGUACUCAGGGGAUGAAGGAGAGUCCGUGAGUGACCGGAUCCGAAGAAAGAGCUUUUAUACGAGGUUCAACGAGAAGAAGAGGCCUACGAGGAAGCCUAGUCUGGUGGGAGCUUAUAAGGAUCUUGAUUUGUACAAGGAUUACGGUAGUGCGAAGCCGGAUUAUAAUUCUUUGGAUCGGUAUAGGAGUCCCAGUGUCAGUCGGAGGCCUAGUUUCAAUUCAUACAUACCCGAAGUGAACUCACCUUCAUCAUCAAGUACUCCCAGAGAGCACAAGACUUACAGUCGUACCUCCUCGAACGCUUCUGUACUGAACGAUUACGUCAAUGUACCUGGCGGACAUCAGCUUCUCACUCACACCUACCAAAACGUCCCCAAUACCCAUCAGAGUUUAAUUGGUUCUUACCAGAAUUUACCUGGAUCUUACCAGACAUACAACAGUCGAAUUGCUAGACCGAGCAGCGUAACUAGAGGCAUCUAUCCAGACUCUGAGAGUCAUUUGGAUGACUUACUGAGCAGUGCAAAUUCAAAAAGACGCAGUCCUUACAGCCACAGAUCAGCAUUAGACAGGGGCUCAGUAUCACCAUUAAACGAAUCCUACUACUCAGACAGGGCUUCUCACAUUAUCCAGUCUCCAACGACUUCUGAACCCAUCUAAAUUUAUUUUCCAGAUAUUUUAGAGUUAUGUAACUGCCAGUAAAGUACAAGCGACGAUUUAUUGAUUCUCUCAAAGAUUAUUGGGGUUCAUUUGAUAUUAUUUUCCUCUUUCCUCCUUCAAACUAUUACAGUGUAAAAUAAAGCGCAUAGGUACUUUAUUAUUGAGUUAAAUUUUAUAUUUUUGAAUAUUCCCUGUACAAAAUGAGAAAUAACAAUAACAAAACAGGCUUAAAUUUUGGCGAGAGAAUGCAGUGUUUUACAGAAAAUAAAAAAUUCUGUGAAAUUUAAAAUCAAGUUUUAUCUAAGUGACCGAUAUUGUUUGGUCACAUUGUAUAGAAUUCGUCGUUUAUAUGAUAUGCCUUGACCACGAUACAUAUAGGUACUACCGGUAUGCAACAUACAAAACCGAAUUGCAUCCAUUCAGCACAUUACAUCAUUGAUAAAGAUUAUCUAAAAUAUUUCCUCCUGUUUUUUCUUAUUUUCUCAAUAACUUCGUUGUUUUGUUAUAUAUUUUAAAUAUUCGAUAUGGCAACAAUGUGCGGUAUUAAG